AUGACUGAUGAUGAUAUGGCGGCGGAUGGCCGAGGCCCUGUUCUUCUUCCCGGAGACAUUGAAGAAUGGACAAUAUGGGCACCAUAUGGCGCAGGGCUCGAUCGUCUGAGAAGGGCUAAGUCUAGUGGAGAAAGCAGAGCUCAGCAGCUUGUUUUGAUAAGAAGUUUGGAAGAGAAUCAUGUCACUUACACCCAGGCUUGCGGUGGCACAGUGCCUCGGAUUUCCCAGGAAGUGCUUUGUGUCACGGGUGUACUCGUUGUGGUGGGAUUGGUAACCUCGUCGGACGUGGCUUCGUUGCUUGGGCUUGAGCUGCUAUCGUUGGGAGGGACUUCCGAGUUGUCACUCGAAGUAGACUCUUGUGUUUGUAUCGAACUCAUUGCUGUUGGCUGGGGUUCCGGGUACUAG